AUGGUCGACCAGGAAGAUGAGGAUGAGGAUGAGACAGGGGUCGGAAAUGCUCCAGUUGUUCCGGACUGGGAGGGGUUCUUGAGAAGAGAAGACGAGACGGCUGUUUGUCGCAACGCCGAUAAAGAGGAGGAUGAUGACGAUGUUAUCGUCGCUGUCGUUGUCGGCGUUAUUGUUGCAGAAGAGGAGGACCGUGAUCGAGUUGCAGGAGAGGCGGCAAGGCGUGAUUUGGAGUGGGGACGGAAAGAAGGUGGCUGCAGUGCCAAUGAUAACGAUGCCAUCGGAUUAUAUCUGUGA